GCUGGUCACACUCAAAGCCGACUUGUGUAAUAAAAACAAAAUUUCGGUAAAUGUUGUGGAUUGAUUUGACUGCUGAUUGAAAUCAUACUGAAAGCUCGUACUGCUUAAAAGUGUGAGCUGAAGCAAAGGAGACAAAACCAAUGAACCCUCGGAAAGUAAAGCUGCUGCCAAGAGUCCGAGACAGCUGUCAACCGAGAAUUUGAGACUGAAAAAUUUGGAAUUCGAAACGAUAUGCUGCCCGCCAUAGUUUUCCGGCAGGUGCAACGUCCGCUGCACCACGGAGCCGCCACCCUAGAGCACGUCCUUGGCGUGGGUGGGAGCAGCUUCGUCAACUGCCUCAACCGCUAUGCCGCUGCCACCGGAUUUAUACGCAUCUCCUUCCUGGAUAUCAAGAGGCGCCGCAAUUGGGAACUGGCCCGUCUUCGUCUGUACGCCGAUGCCAAGAAGCAGACGCUGCACCUGCGGACCCAACAGGGCCGCCACUUGCUGCAGGGCGUUAUCGACAGACAGCGCGCUGAGUUUAUUGAGCGGAAGAACUUUCUGGUGGAUGACAUCCGAGAGGCUCGCCACAAAGUCCAAGAGCGAGUGCGUGAAAAGAUCGAUGAGAUCCGCGAGGAGCGCGAGAAUAUUAUGACCAUACCCAAUAUGCUAACCAUCAGUAGGGCCAUUCUUUCACCCUACAUUGGCUACGUGAUAGUCCAGGGUGACUUUACUUUGGGCAUGAACUUAUUGGCCAUCGCAGGCAUCACGGAUUUGUUGGAUGGACAAAUUGCCCGCCGAUGGCCCUCGCAGGCAAGUAAGGCGGGAUCCUUCCUAGACCCCAUGGCUGACAAAUUACUGAUGGGCUCCCUGGUCAUUUCACUUUGCUACACCGACCUCCUGCCCAUGUGGCUUGCUGGCAUUGUUGUUUUUCGUGAUGUUUUCCUCCUUGGAGCAGGAUUUGUCAUUCGCUACAUUAGUCUGCCACCGCCGAAAACUUUUUCGCGGUAUUUUGAUGCCACCCAUGUUACCGCUCAACUGGAACCAACAUUGCUUAGCAAGAUAAACACGGGUGUGCAACUAGCUACCAUCGGCUUAAGUUUGGGUGCUCCAAUUUGGAACUAUAUUGAUCACCCUGCUCUUCAGGGUCUUUGGUAUCUGACUGGACUGACCACAGCUGCCACUGCUCUCAGCUACGUCAUGAAUAGGCAUAAUACGUUUAAGAUAAUCAAGAAAAAGGCGUAGGACUGGCAUUUCCACUUUAUUUGAAAAUCGAUGGGGUAGUUCUCCAUUUGCAAUAAUUAGUAUAGAUUUUGUUUUCUAUGAGAAGCAACUAAAAUUAAUAAAUCUAUUUUGU